UUUGGUUUUGCAUAACACGACCGGAAUCGGAUUGUUUGGUCGCUUCUACGUUCGGAAACUCCCGUUUUGCCUCGGAAUUUGGAAACGACCUUGUCGACAUGGCUCCGGUGAUGCUUAAAGGAAAAAAUUAUGCCCUACUAAUAGGGGGCAUCGUAGGUCUCAUCGGCUUGGCGUGCUACCCGAUUAUCGUCCACCCAAUGCUGUAUCCGGAAGAGUACAAAAAGCUACAGAAAGUCAAUAGGGCGGGCAUCCAGCAGGCCGAAAUUCAGCCUGGCAAUAUGCGAGUCUGGAGUGACCCCUUCAAACCCCGGGAAGAAGAUAAGCGAUGAAUAGGCUUCCGAUUGGCAAAAUGGUGCGCUUCACUAGUCAGCAAAAUUAUAACUACCAUCCAUACUCGUUGGCCUGCUGCGGCCGGUACCGCACGGAGAAGCAUGAAAAAGUAUCUUAGUGAAUGUUUUACAAUAAAUUAACCUGUAUCAGAAAGGGCA